GCUCAUCAGUUUCUCCACAAACAUAUAACACUUUCAUUCUCUCAUCAUAUGAUUCCUCAGUCUCUUCUCAUCAUAGAAUUCAGAUAAUAUAACUUAUUAUUUUAGAGCCUAAUUAUAACUUACACACACAUUAUAUUUCUUUGUUCGAAUAAAAAUAUACUAUUUUGGGAAACAUAUAUUCUAAAUGGAAGGUCAAAAAGCUAUGUUAGCUUGGGAGCAGAAGACACUGCAAAGCGAGGUCAGUCUUGGACUAGAGGCGGCGAAGAAGCUUCAGGCACGACUUAGUGAAGCAUCGUCGCCGUCAUCGUCAUCUUCUUAUCCGGCGGCUGAGACGAACGAGAUUCUCAUGGAGCAGAUACUCUCUUCAUACGACAAAGUUCUUGUCAUGCUAAACUGGUCUUCCUCGCCGCCCGUACAGCUUACUCCGGCGACUGUUGCUGUAGUUCCGGUGGUGAAUUCCGGCGGAAUUCCUGAAUCUCCGGCGUCGAUUAAUGGAAGUCCGAGGAGUGAAGAUGGAGGAGGUUCCAGCGAGAGUCAUCGCCAAGAUCACAUGUUCAAUUCCAGGAAAAGGAAGAUGUUACCAAAGUGGACAGAGAAAGUGAGGAUAAGCCCAGAAAGAGGCUUAGAAGGACCUCAAGAUGAUGUCUAUAGCUGGAGAAAGUACGGUCAGAAAGACAUUCUGGGCGCCAAGUUCCCCAGGAGUUACUACAGAUGCACACACCGCAGCACACAGAACUGUUGGGCAACGAAGCAAGUCCAGAGAUCGGACAGUGAUCCAACCGUUUUCGAACUGACGUACAGAGGGACACACACUUGUCAGCAGGGGACACCUCCUCCUCAUCCUCCACCAGCCUCGCCGGAGAAGCGAAACACCAGACCUAAACUCACCACCACUGCUCAAAAGCCUAACGACCUUCUCGAGAGUCUUAAAACAAGCUUAACAGUUCGAACCGAGGGACUCGACGACGCUGACAACGUCUUCUCAUUCCCUAACACGCCGCCGUUUUGUGAUUUCGGGACAAUCAACGACGAGUUCAGUUCUCCCAUCUUCGAUGUUGUUGAUUGGCUCAAUCCAACGGUCGAGAUUGACCCGGCCUUUCCCACGUUUUUACAAGAGUCGAUCUAUUAUUAAAAAUUAAAAUGUAAUAGAGAAUAAAACCUAGUAAUCAUUUUAUAGAAAUCACCGAGUUCAGAUUCUAACAAAAUGCAUA